CGUGUGCGGCGCAGAAGAACACCAUAACGAUUAUUCGAGAUAUAUAAAUUUAGUAUAUCCUAUGUGAAUCGUAUAUAUAUGUCAAAACGGGAUACCAACCAGAAAUUCGUUUUUAGGAAAUCCAGAACUAUCGUCAUUCCAAAAGUACCCCCUGUCUAGAUCCCACCGCAAUUUAUUUAUCCACGUAACCUCUACCUAAAAUAGAAGAAAUCAACUCAAACUACCGCUUCUAUCCCAGCAACUUCAUCCAGCCCAACCCUACCCUAUCUAUCCCCUUCCAGAAAUUACUUAGACAUGCCCCGCACCCCGCGCAAAUCACAAACCCACUUCUCCCGGCCCGCCCCAACAGCCGUCCUCUACGACCUCUCCGUGCCGGACGAAGCCACGAUCCACGUCCCGGCGGGCUCAAAAUGGACCUCGGGUCCGCAUUGGCAUGAAUCGCAUACCGAGUUCCUACGCGUGCUUUCCGGACGCGCGUUUAUUAUUCUUGGGGAACGGAGUUUCGUCGCGGGUCCCGAUGAUGAGACGGUUACGGUGCCGAGGGGGGUGGUGCAUGAGUGGAUGAGGGUUUUUGUGGGGGAGGAGGAGGAUGCGGUUACCGAGGGGGGCAGAGGGGGGAAGGGCGAGGAGUUGGUUGUUAGGGAGUGGACGGAGCCUAGGGAUGGGGGGAAAGAGGUGUUUUUUAGGAACUUGAAUGGGAUUAUUCUUGAUGCUACGGCGAAGACGGAGACGGGUUGGCGGAGGAGAUGGGGUGAUAAGAUGUUGGAGUUGGAUCUUUGGAAUUUGUUCUGGAGAGCGGAUAAUUAUCCUGUUGUCUGGGGUACGGGGUUCGUCGGGGGUGUGGCGACGAAGGUCGUUAUGGGUGCGGCGGUUGCGCUGGGUUGGGUUCUUGGGUUUAAGGGCGUGUAUAAGGAAUAUGCGCUCGAGAGGAAGAGCUUUCUGCCUACACAUGAUGCGAAGAGGGAUUUCGGAGUUGAUCCGACGGGAUCAGCUCCGUCUGUGUAGAUGGCUCUCGAGAUGGUGUUACACAGCCGUCGGUUAGAUCCUAUGGAAGGAGUUUUGUACUACGUGGGCUGCUUCCUACAUCGGAUAUUGUCCGAUAAUUUUUAAUAUUUUUCGGCUAUUAGUCCGAUAUCUCUAUAAUUUCUGGUGUCGGCUGUACUCCGUCGGAAACAUUCUCGUCUCGUGGAGGAGCCAGCCUCCCAAUUCCUUCUGUCAGAUUACGGAUAGAUCCGUCGCCAGAUUCCAACCCCUCUUGUUUUUCCACCUUCCAC